AUGUAUUCCCCCAGCCCCGAGGAGACACCCCAGGAGCCCGAGCCCUCCAAAUGUGAGGAAAAGAAGAAGGGGAAACGCCUGCAGCCAGAGCCCAGCAUCCAAACCCUCACUGAGGCCGGCCUCAGAGCCCUCCGGGCAGGCCAGAGCCAAGUAGCCAUGGUCAGCUUCCAGAAGGCCUUUCUCCUGGCCUCAGGGGCGCCGCAGCUCCAAGACACCUCUGUCCUUCGGGCCUGUGCCUUCAACCUGGGGGCCGCCUAUGUGGAGACUGGGGACCCUGCCAGAGGCCUGGCGCUGCUCCUGAGAUCCCAGCCGGAAGUCAAGGCCCAGGGCAGGCGUCACGGAGACCAGUGUUUCAAUGUGGCCUUGGCCUACCAUGCGCUUGGCGACCUGCCCCAAGCUUUGGGCUGGUACCACAAGGCCCUGGCCCAUUACCAGCCACAAGGUGACCAGGGAGGAACGCAGGCAAAGAUGGGUGCCUGCUACCAGGCCCUGGGGCGGCCUGAGAAAGCUGUGCACUGCCUGAGAGAGGCAAGCCAGGCCUACACGCAGGUGGGCCAGCCGCGGGCCGCAGCCCUGGCACUGGGGGCUGUGGCCAGGUGUAUGCUGCAGAGCGGGCGGCACCAGGCUGGGGAGGUGCUGCAGGUGCUGGAGGAGAGCCGGAGGCUUGCUGAGACCAGCAUGGAGCCGGGCCUGCUGGGGCAUCUCUACAACGACCUAGGCCUGGGCUACGCCCAGCUGCAGUUGUUCCCUCUGGCUGCGGAAGUCUUCCUGCAGGCCCUGCCCCUGUGCCGGCAGCCAGGAGAGCGCGCCACAGUGCUGAGGAACCUGGGGAUGGCCCACAACGCCGUCGGCAACUAUAGAGAAGCCCAAGACUCUCACCAGAAGGCUGCCGACCUGCACGGCUCCGUGGGACAGCGGUGGGAGCAGGGCCGCAGCUUCGCUGGCCUGGCAUUCGCACUGAGCCAGCUGGGGGACCACGGGGCGGCCAGAGACAACUACCUGCAUGCCCUGCAGGCUGCCCGGGACACUGGGGAUGUGAAGGGGCAGUGGCAGGCCUGCGAGGGACUCGGGGCUGCCGCCGCCAGACUGGGGCAGUAUGAGCAGGCCUUGAAGUACUACAAGGAAGCGCUGGCCCAGGGUCAGAAAGAGCCGGAUUCCACCCGAGGACGGCUGGUUGCCAAGCUGGCAGACGCCGUGAGGAACUGCUUGACCCAGACCCUGUUUCCUGGAAGGCCAGAGGCUCCGGGCAGGGCCCCCCUGGUAGCUGAGACUUCAGCCAGGACACCAAGGAGCUGGGCAGAGGCCCGAGGCAGGUGAGCGGUAGGGGG